AUGGAUAAAAUAACAGUUUUGAAUAAUGGAGUCGAAGUAAAGCAACUUUCGCAUCCGGCCGGUUUCGAUGCAUCUGUAAUAUUGUCUUGGAAAAUCUUUUUGCGACUUCGAUAUGACGCACACUUUUACAGCAGCCAACAGAGCAAUCUCACAAAGACGAUUUCAUUGUCGAAUACGACCAAAAUGACCACCAACCAGUCUAACGAAGAGGUGGACGCGGCACUGGAGAUUUGGAUCCAAAAUCUGAGUCUUGCCGACCCAGUAAACCCAUCGAGGGCUGAUGCCACACAUCGUUUCUUUGUACGCCAUGUGGGAAUGCUGGAAGAAAUGGUUCAAUCGCCGCCCUUUACACUCAGAACGAUGCAGUGGAGCAUUCGGGUGAUACCAAAUAGUAUGGGGCUGGGCGUCUUCGUGCAUUGCAGCGGGAAGCACGAUUCUCCCAACUGGUCGUGCAACGCCGCCAUUGAGUUUCGGCUUUUGAACAACGUGCCCGGCGUGGAGUACUACCUAGUCAAAGGACCCAUCUACCACAUAUUCAAUGCGGAGGAGGACGACUACGGCUACGGAGUAUUCAUAAGCUGGAAAAAGCUAUUGUGUCUAGCCUACGCCCACAGAGGUAUCAUGCUGGAGGUGAAAGUCACUGCGGAUGCUCUGCAAGGUCUGGAUAACUAGAACCUCUGGUGGAAAAUCCUAGGGAGGUCAGAGAAUUCUUAUCUAGUUUUAAUCGUUUGCUUCAAUAUGUUUUGUAUAAUAACACGAAAUACAUUUUGCAUAUUACUAUUAAA